AUCGCACCUCUUCGUCAGUGCGCACCGAGAGACGGCGUCGACAAAACCGACGGCGGAAAACGCAGCACGCAUCGGUAACUGCGCCAACGCCGGAAUUCCUCCGCAUUCAGUGAGCGUAAACAGUGCACAAGUGCAACAAAUACAUCACAACCAUCACAAGGAAAUCGGGAAAUAAACAUUAUAAUAAACAAUAAAAUUACAAAGACAAUAAAAACAUUAUAAACUUGUGUGGAUUGAAUUGAAUUGCAACACUUGGAUUACGACUUUUUAAACAAUUUGGAGCACACACGAAAUAACAUUUUGUAUAUAAGUUAAAACAUGAAUAGCGCCCGUAUAUUAGUCAAAAAGAAUGGGAAAUAGUCAACCCGCAGGACACGCGAUUCCUACCGCCCAACGAGGUGUACCCGCUUUGCAUCAUCAUCUACACGAAGAAGAUCAGUGGACAACAGCGUAUGCACGGUCGCCUACGUUGAUCCCACCUCCAUCUUAUCAACAUAAAUUAGUUGUGCCUGAUCCUAAUGCCCACCAACGAUUACGACCUACCGGAAAUGGAGAGAUCCUACAGGCGGGAGGUACCAUUUCCGGGCGAAGGCAGGAAUGGCAGGGUGUUUCCAGAUCCAGUAGUAUCCCCGCAGUCCGUCAGAGACACCAGCAACAAUUGCAACAACAACAAUAUCACCAGCCGCAUCAGAGGCAGGAGUUUCAGCAGUUUAGAGAGCGGUCCGGAGGCGGAAGUGCGCACAAAACGCGGAUACCGCAUCGACACAAUCAACCUAGAGUUCUUACGCCCUCCUAUCGAAAGGACCAGGUGGAGAAGAAUGAUUUUGAAGAGUGCGCUUUGGAUGCCGGUUCGCCAAUUCGCCGCGCACGGCUGUUUAAAACCCGUGCCGAAACAAAGAAGAAAAUUUCUAGUCCUGUAAAUAAUCGUAGAUCACUAGCGGCGCCUGAUUUUAGCGCGUUAAACAAACAACAAAAAAGAUAUAAAUCAUCAGAUGCACUUUUCGAAACAGCUAAGAACGAAAAUCUGCAGAAAAUUGAAGAAAACAGUCCAAAGACUGUUAAUAGUCGACCUCCAAUGCCCCAAAUGCAAAGGACGAGAAGCUCGCCAGAAUUUCAAGCUGAGCUCAAGCAAGUCACGAGAAAGUUGGUCAGUUUAAAACGAGAAACAGAAUUACAGAAAACUAUAAAUACAGACAAUAAACUAAAAACAUUAGAUCACAAUAUCAAUAGAAAAGAUAUCAUUCGUAGUAAAUUGAAAGAGUUAAAGGAAACUAAAGAAAUUAUGAGUAUAGAAGAAAGGUCACCUGCUUCCGGAAAAGAGUCAACCCCGGAAAUGUCCCCGCCAAAAGUAAAAACUUUCUAUUUCGGAAUGGAUGGUGAUAACAAAAUCCCCAAUUCGAUUGGGUCUGACAUGACCAGUGAAUCAGACACGGAAACUUCCGGGCAUGAUAUCUCCCUUCAAUUGAGACCCAUUCUACCCAAGAAACAAUUAGAGAUUCCGAGGUUUUCGCCGUCGGCGGCUUGGAAACUACUUUCGGUUGACACUGCCAUAGAUAGCACGCUUGCUAGUGAAGAGGGUUCAGUGUAUCUUGAAGACCGCAUUGAGAAACAACCCCGCCAGCCGCCACCAUUCCGACCUAUUAACCCUGCAGCGGUGCGCGUACCUUCCACUCAUGACAAAUCAGGCGAUUCUGGAAUUUCCGGUGAUGAAACACCGGAUGCGCCAGCACCUGCACCAGUCAGUCCUAAACAACGAGGUAUGUCCUGGACACCACAACAAGACCUAGGGGAUGAUUCUAGUCUGGACGGAUCCAAUGUGGAUCUAGAUGUCAAAUUCCCCACAAGACCACAUGUCUUUAGCUUAUCCCUACCUAGAGAUAAUCAUCUCGCAUCAUACAUUACUGGUGAAAAGAAUUAUCCACCGCAGGUUUCGUAUACAAGCUUACAAAAGUUAAAACGUUCUGUCGGGGUUCUUGCGACGCUAGGAAAACCUGAAGAUGACCUAGGAGAAGAUACAGGUGAAAAUUGGUUUCUUAGUAGAUCAGCUCCAAAUUCACUGAAUAAUGGGUUUAAUUCAUUGGAGACUCGUCGGCAGUAUAAGGAUGAUUAUGAUGGUCCUAAACAAACGAGGAGAAUUAUGUAUCUACCACAAUCCACUCCCACAACUCCCGAUAGUGUUCCCAAACCUAAAGUUCUUUCAAAAUCCUAUGAGAACAUCUCCACUUUAUCGUCAAUGGCGACGGAGAAACCCAAACCACAAGACCUUCAAGAUCCACCCAAAGAAGAAGUCAGGAAGUGGACUAAGAAACCGAAAAAGUUUACAUUCCAAAGUACAGUCAGACAAAUCGAACGUAAACGACUUGCUGAUAGGUUAUCCAAGGAAGCAGAACGAAAAGAACAACAACGACUUAGAGAAUUAGAAGCUAUGCAAAGAGUAGAAGAAGAGUUUCAAAAGAAGAGAGCUAGAGAGAAGGCAAGCAUUCGCCAACAGUUAAGAUUAUACAGCAUGGAUGAAACUGCGUGGUCCAGUUUACCACCAAAUUUAGAAAUAAAUCAUGAGGUGAGACCCGAACCAGAUGGAGCCGUCUCAUCAUCGACAUCUUCCCCUACCUUCAAAAAGAACUCUGAUAUCGAACGUGAACGCGAAAAUAAAUCGCCUGGAACGCAGGGAACACAAGUACUGUCAGAGUUUCGGCAGUCACAUCGAGAAUAUAAAGAGUUCCGAAGUGGUGGUCGAUAUCUCGGUGAACACGCCGCCAUGGUGCAUCCGCGCAUUACCUGCAACAUGCCCAAGGCCACUGAUGUGUACACUUCAGAUUAUACCAGAAAUUAUCGAAAAGAUUUUGCGAUGGGGCUGCGAUCAAUGGAUUCCAACGAAAUUUCCGACGCUUUAAUGUGCUGAUCAUAUACAAUCUAAUAAAGUUUCAAAUAUUUACUUAAUAAAUUAUAUUACUUAAAUUUA